UCAGUUUGUCUGCAGCUCAGAGAAGGCAGGGCGCUCUGCUGUCAGACAUCAGAAAUACUUAUACAUAUUAAUACUUAUACAUAUAUGUACUGCUUUAUCGUGACACGUAGUAAGUACAGGUAACUCGCUUUGGUUUAUAUCUAGUCUUUAUUAGCCGGCUCUUUCUGCUAGGCUAACUUUGCUGAGUGGCUAACGCUCAGGUGAACGGAGAGGAUGCUGGAGUCCAUUAAAGUCACAGAAAGACUCCACUGGCCUGAAGUAGAAAUGUCCAAAAAGUACAUCCUGAACUCUGCUGACAAGGCGCUGAGUCCGGGCCAAGUUUACCUGGAGAAGAUUUCCUCCAGCGUCCUCAAAGACCUCUUCAGCAGCGGCAGCUACAACUCCCUGCUGCAGGCGGAGGAACAAGAGAAGAAGAGUCCCAAGCACUUCAAGAGGCCAAAAGCAUCUGUAAAAUGUGGCGCCACAGUAACAACCAGAAGAAAAGCCCAAGGCAGCACGGCUCCUAAAAAGUGUCGAGCACCAGAUGUUGGCGUUAAACCAGCACAGACACACCGAGUCCUCUCAGGAAAUCUGUCCAAACCAGCUCGAAACAUCGCAGUAGUGGGAAGUGCGAUGGGUUUGAACCCUCGUACACAGAUCAGGAAGACCCUGAGUUCCCCUCGCACUAAACUCCCCUCGCUGCACAAAGCAUCCGUCACACGGGAAGUGGAGAACACCAAGAGGCUCUGCAUCCUCUCCGCCAUCAAGCCGUCCAACGUGGAGAAAGAGAAGGCCAAGUUCUUUAAGUCUGACUUCAACUACAACCCACAGUUUGAGUACAGCAACCCGGUUCCUCCGCUGGUUCUGGCCCGGCACAGCAUCGCCUCCGAUCGCUUCCUCACACAGGCGGUGAACAUCAUGGAGUUGGCUCUGCAGAGGUACGGCAGCUAUGAGAAGUUUGAACAAGCCACCGGAGGAAAUCUGCUGAGCAAGAGUCGCGUUUGCCACAAUGUCAAGAAGUACAUGGAGAAGGAGGGCUGUGUGGGGGAGAUCGUGGUGCAGGUGACGGAGGACCUGCUCUCCAGAGCCUCCAUGACGGUGGUGAACAGCCGCCCGACCCUCACCAUCAACAUCUGCAGCGCCAGAGAGCACUGGCUGGAGGGGAUGCUGCGGCACGAGAUCGGAACUCAUUAUUUCCGCGGGCUGAACAACCUGCAGCAGCCGUGGAGCAGCGCGUCGGCCCGCAGGAGGCUCAACCUGAGGCCCCUGAACCCCACAGAGGAGGGUCUGGCCAGCCUGCACAGCGUCCUCUUCAGGAAGGACCCCACCCUGUGGAGAGCAGCUCUUCUUUACUACACCGUGCACCAGGCCAGCAGCAUGUCCUUCUGCCAGCUCUUCCACUGCUUGGGGGGCUUCCUGCAGGACCCCAACACCCGCUGGGACUACUGUGUGAGGGCCAAGAGGGGCCAGAGGGACACCAAGCAGCCAGGAUGCUUCAGUAAAGACCAGGUGUAUCUGGACGGGAUCCUGAAGAUCCUGAGGUUCAGAGACAAGAUCAACUUCCCCCUGCUGAUGGCUCUGGGGAAG